GCACAUUGCCACACCACUAGUCAGCUGCUUUAGAAAUUGUAAAUAAAUACACCAAACUUUUUGCCGGCAUAGUUUUUUUUAUGACGUAGCCUAAUUGGAAUAAAAAAAUAAUGAAAAUUAAUGUAAUCAAGGCAGAUGUUAUAGCUGCACUAAGUGUCGCCGUAGCUAUUCGUUGCAUCGUAUCGCUUUAUUCAUACUCUGGCGCUGGGAACCCACCAAUGUAUGGAGACUACGAGGCACAAAGGCAUUGGCAAGAGAUUACCACAAAUGUACAGCCAAGAGAUUGGUACAGAAACACAACAGAAAAUAAUUUAUUGUACUGGGGACUUGAUUACCCACCUAUAACAGCGUAUCACAGCUAUAUCAUUGGUAUUGUUGGUAAAGGGCUCAAUGAAAGUUUUGUCAAAUUGGGUGAAUCACGAGGCAUUGAAUCUGCGGCACAUAAAAAUUUUAUGCGAAUGACGAAAUCGUUGCUCUUUUAUCUGCUACCCAUGGUUUUUUAUCCUGGACAAAUUCUUAUUGAUAACGGACACUUCCAGUACAAUAAUGUAUCACUUGGUUUAUGCUUAUUAGCAGUAGCUUAUAUUUUUAAGGGACGUUUUUAUUUGGGUUCAUUUCUAUAUACGUUGGCUUUAAAUUAUAAACAAAUGGAGCUCUACCAUGCAUUACCCUUUUUCAUUUACCUACUGCGAACGUGUUGUGAUCAAAAGGGAUUCUUGUCAAAACUUAAAACAUUUGCGUUUAUAGCUAGUACGGUUUUAGCUACGUUUCUGGUAAUUUGGCUACCAUGGCUAACAUCGGUGACGUCUAUACUGGAAGUGCUCUAUCGGCUGUUCCCCAUUGGACGCGGCCUCUUCGAAGAUAAAGUAGCUAACUUUUGGUGUGCUCUCAAUGUGGUUUAUAAAAUCAAAAACAAAUUACAAAACCAACAAAUGGCCACGCUAUGUUUAGGUGUCACAUCAGCUUUUGUAUUGCCAAUCAACAUACAUAUGUUCUUUAACAAAAGAAAACAAACAUUCCUUUUGAGUUUGGUGAGCACGGCCAUGGCUUUUUACUUGUUUUCCUUUCAGGUUCAUGAAAAAUCUAUACUACUUGUUGCUGUACCUGCAUUGGGUUUGUUCAGCAGUUACCCCCUAGAAACUCUAUGGUUUCUGGAAGCUACGGUGUUUAGCAUGUUUCCUUUAUACGUUAAAGAUGGUCUGGUGAUCCCAUUUUUUGCGCUGCUCUUUAUCUAUCAUUUCUGCAUUAAACACAUACUUCUGAAAGAACUUAAACAGGACUUUAAAAGUAGUUUACUAUCUGCUUCUUCGUCAAUUUCGAUAUUUUCUAUGUUUUUUAUUGCGUUAGUAUCUUUAUAUGCACCGGCUCCUGAAAGGUACCCAUUUAUAUGGCCUUUGCUAAUUUGUCUACAUAGCUUUGCACACUUUUUCGUAUAUUUUGGAUUCUGUAUAUCACAUCAAAUUUUCGGGAGAGUUUAA